GGGGCAAGGUAUUAAUAAAUUAGGUAUAAAAUUAAAUAGGGGAGGGGGGGUGGCUAUAGGGCGUGGGGGGGCUCCGCCAUCCUACGGCCCCGCCGCCCGCAGGGACUGGGGCCCUGCUGCCGCGCCAUGGCCUGCGCCGUUCUUCAUCCUGCAGGGCCAAGCCGCGGCCGCGCUCACCGAUAUGUACGACCAGGCGCUGCUAGGGAUCCUGCAGCACGUCGGGAAUGUGGAGGAGUUCCUUCGGGUCCUCUUCGGCUUCCUCUACCGCAAGACCGACUUCUACCGCCUCCUCCUGCGGCCCGGGGACCGCCUGGGCUUCCCGCCCGGCGCGGCGCAGGCCAUGGCCCUCCAGGCAUUCAAAGUCUUUGAGCGGAUGGCCCGGCAGGAUGAUGAGAAGAGGCGCCGAGAGCUGGAGGCGAAGCUAAGGAAGAAGGGGGAGGAGGAGGAGGCUGCUGCAGCCGCUGAGAGGGUGAAACUGUCCCCUGCAGCUCAGGAGGUUGAGGUAGAGACAACAGCAGAGCACAUCCCAGUGCCAGAUGCCGGGGAAGCUGCAGGAACACAAGAUUUGGCCGUAGCCCAGGACACAGCCACCAGUCUUGUGUCGGCAGAGCCCCCGGGGGCUGCUGCCCCAGCAGAGCCCCAGCCAGCAGAACUGCCCACGAGACAGGAGCAGUUCCAGACAAACCCCGACAGCUACAACGGAGCUGUGCGAGAGAAUUAUGCCUGGUCCCAAGACUACAGUGACCUGGAGAUUAAAGUGCCCGUGCCCAAGCACAUCGUAAAAGGCAAACAGGUCUCUGUGGAUAUCAGCAGCGGCACGAUUCGCGUAGCGGUGCUGGAAGGGAGCAGCCAGCGCGUCCUCAUGGAAGGGAAACUCACCCACAAGAUCAACACAGAGAGUUCCCUCUGGAGCCUGGAGCCAGGGAAGUGUGUUUUGAUCAACCUGAACAAAGGGGACGAGUACUGGUGGAACGCCAUCCUGGAGGGUGAGGAGCAGAUCGACAUCGACAAGAUCAACAAGGAGCGCUCCAUGGCCACGGUGGACGAGGAGGAGCAUGCCGUGCUGGACCGCCUCACCUUCGACUACCACCAGAAGCUGCAGGGCAAGCCCCAGAGCCAUGAGCUGAAGGUGCACGAGAUGCUGAAGAAGGGCUGGGACACCGAGGGCUCCCCCUUCCGCGGCCAGAAGUUUGACCCCUCCAUGUUCAACAUCUCCCCCGGUGCUGUGCAGUUUUGACAGCGGCAAAAAAUGGCCGAGAAAUGAAGCGGGGAGAGAAGAAACCCACCCAGACACCCACCCCAGACCCUCGCACUCAAUGCUGGUGCCCGUAACCCACUCGAUGAUACACGCUGCCAGCACCCUUCCACUGCCUUCACCACCCUGCACUGGCACUGGCACCAGCCUCGGCGGUUUGAUGUGCGUGCAGGGAAACCUGGCGAAUGCAGAUUUACGUCCCGUCACCAAGGCAACCCAAGCGGCUGGGACCCUUCUCUCCUUGCCUCGCACGGCUCUUGUUAUUUUUCCGGAAUAGACGGAGCUCACUGGGUGACAUAAUUAUUAUUUCUGGUGGCUGAAGAUGCUUCUUUUUGGGCUUCUGGGGGUGCACAUCCCUCCCUGCCCUGGCACAGGGCAGCUUUGCCCCUCACAGGCGGAGCUUUGCUCUCCGCAGCUCCGGGUACGGGCAGCAGGGAUGGUGGGGCGGCACAUGGGGAGAGACCCUGCCCCUGCCCGCACCCUGCCUGCUGCCCUGCCUGCUGCCCUGCCUGCCUGGCACCCCCAACUCCCCUCGCUGGGUCCUGCUCCGGGGGUCUCCCACGGGUGCUGUGCUGCCCCUGCCCCCUGCCCAGCCAGAGGGCCCCAUCCAGUGCCAUGGGGGGUUUCUCCCCGGUUCACCCCCCAGCAGCCCAUUGCCAGAGGGAGUCCGGGAUGGGCACACCCCCUCAGCGGCGGGCAGAGACCCCAGCCAGUCCCUGGGGUUUGCUUCCCCCUUCCUCGGGGAGGUUGGCAGGGAGCAGUGGGGCUGUCACCCACAACACCAUGGCGGGGGGGUUCCCUGGCAGGGGGCUACAGGCCAGCCCUGAUGGCCGCCAGCCCCCCCCAUACCAGUGGGCAGUAGCCCCAGAAACAUCUGGGCUUCCCUGGCACGGGUCAGGUCCGGGAGGGGGGAUGUGGGAGCCCUGCCCCCCCCCCCCCCCAGCCC